AGCGGCCAUGGCCAUCCCAGCAGCUGGGGCGGUGAGAGCCGCCAGGCGCUGCUCCCGUCACGGUCAUCCUUUCUCCGUUCAACCCUUCGAACAAUGUUAUCUAUGUUCUCCAAACCAUUCUUCGACUGCUAAACUCAAGGAUUUGGAUUGAUUCUACCAUCUAUAGUUUGCCAUGGCGACGGUGGUGAUGGAGCAGAUCGGUCGCCUGUUUAUCAACGCGCAGCAGCUGCGUCAGAUCCCUCAGCUGCUGGAGUCGGCCUUCCCCACGCUACCUUGCACUGUGAAGGUGUCCGACGUUCCCUGGGUGUUCCGCGAGCGCCAUAUCCUCACCGGCUACAGACAGCCAGACCAAAGCUGGCGCUACUACUUCCUCACCCUCUUCCAAAGGCACAAUGAGUCCCUCAAUGUGUGGACCCACCUGCUGGCCGCCCUCAUCAUCUUGGUGAAGUGGCAGGAGAUCUCAGAGACGGUGGAUUUUUUGCGAGACCCUCACGCCCAGCCCCUCUUCAUUGUCCUCCUGGCAGCCUUCACCUACCUCUCCUUCAGCGCUCUCGCUCAUCUUCUCUCUGCCAAGUCCGAGCUCUCCUUCUACAGCUUCUACUUCCUCGACUAUGUUGGGGUGGCUGUCUACCAGUAUGGCAGUGCCCUGGCACACUACUACUACGCCAUAGAGAAAGAGUGGCACACUAGAGUGCAAGGGCUCUUUUUACCCGCUGCAGCAUUCUUGGCCUGGCUCACUUGCUUCGGCUGCUGCUACGGCAAGUAUGCUAGCCCCGAGCUGUCAAAGUUAUCCCUCAAGCUCUGCCAAGUGGUUCCCUCAGCUUUGGCUUACUGUUUAGACAUAAGCCCUGUGGUUCACCGCAUCUACAGCUGCUACCAGGAGGGCUGCUCAGACCCAGUUGUGACGUACCAUUUCUACCACAUGGUCUUUUUUCUUAUCAGCGCCUAUUUCUUCUGCUGCCCUCACCCAGAGAGUUUGUUCCCUGGGAGGUGUGACUUCAUCGGUCAGGGCCACCAGAUCUUUCACAUAUUCGUGGUGGUGUGCACCCUGAUGCAGAUCGAAGCGCUGAAAAUAGACUUCACAGAGCGCCGUCCCUUCUACGAGCGCCUUCACGGCGAUCUUGCACACGAUGCUGUUGCACUCUUCAUCUUCACUGCCUGCUGCAGUGCUCUCACCGCUUUUUAUGUGCGCAAUCGUGUCCGUGCCUCUCUGCACGAGAAGGAGGAGUAAGAGUUGACAUGAAUUUAAAAAAAAAAAAACUACUCUGUAGUGACUAUUUAAAAAUAAUUCAAGUCUUUUUGUAAAUGAAAGUUAUCAGUUUGUGAUAGUGACUUAUUAUUUCUUCUUCAUGUGAUCUGCCAAACUACAGUGAUCUUAAAAAAAAAAAAAAAAAAAAAAAGUGAUUAAGGGUGUGUUUUUGUUACUUACAAUGAAGAAAAGGGAAGCUUAUAAUUUGUCUGUAGCACUACAGGUAGUACUUAAACACAGCAAAGACUGGUUUUUUAUUAGUCUGGUUUUAGUCAUUGUCUAAAAGAAUGUGGUUUUACUUCACCCUACACGAAAUAUGCUCUCUGUCAAGGUGAGCAGAAAAAUUAGUUUCUUAAGAUGCCUUUUACCCAAUUGUAUUUAGAAUAAUCGGUCUUAAUCAAAUUGUAGCAUUUCAGAUCAUGCAAGCAUUUGUUUUUGUUUUUACAAUUUACAGUCCCAUGCCACUCUGUAUAUUUCAGUCAGAUACCAAAUCAAGUUAAAUUGCUGGUCUUGAUAUUUAGGGGUUUUAUUUGUCAAGGCACUUACACUGCCAAACUAAUGUUUGAACAUAUUCUGGGAAGGUUAAGAACCCAAUUUGAAAACCAAAUAUUGUACCUCUUAUUUAAAAAGGAGUUUUUUUGGGGGGAGGGUGUUAACAUUCUGAUGAAUAAUGUUGAAAAUGAGGCUGGCACUCAUUAUUGGUAGAGAGAUGGAUGGAAGAUUACUGAUGUCUCUUUGUUGAUGCAUCUGUUCAGAGCAUGUUUUGUGUUCAUUGUCGUGCUGCCUAUCAGACUUUUAAUGGCUAUGAAUACAUCAUUUCAUACUGCUGCACUGUUACACCGAAGAGUCCCUAUCCCCAUUUUUCUUUUUCUUAGUUUGAUGACUUUUGUUAUAAAAAUAUCACAGAUAUGGCUCACUGAUGAUGUUGCUUAGAUUUUUACCUCACAAAGUCUUUAAAUGUUAGAAAUGAUCUAUAUUCAUUAUAGCACUCUCUCUUCAUGAUGGUGUUUAAUGUGCCAAUGAAUCUGUUAUUGCUUCAGUGAUGGUACUACUGAGAGAUGAAUUCAGAGACAGACUGUCAGAAGUUGAUUAAAAUGAUGUCUUGACCCGGCUGCGAACAUCUUACCGGUGAGACUGAACCUCAACACCCCUAAAUAUAAACCUUUCAACUGUGGACUUACUGACCUGGUCUCAUCGUGCACUGCCUGAAAUCCUCACCGUAUAUACUGUAGCUGACAACACUGGCUAUGUUUACAUGCAUGGAGCAAGGUGUCUGUGCUGUUAAUGUGGUUAUUCUGGUUUUGUGUUGACUCUUGGAAAUGUCAGAAAUUCCAAUUAGGCCUAACCUGGAGGAACCUGUUCAAGACAUGUCCCUUGUUGUGCAUGGUUAUAAAUCGGUUGGCAACAAGAUUGAGGCUCUCAUGCACAAGGCUGAUUUUGUACAUGUAAUACUUCCUCAAAAGUCUUCGUUAAAGGCUAAUGAUAUCCAAUUGUCCAGUGAGGCCUGUGAGUCUCACCAGCCCUGUUUGUGACCAUUAAAAGAGCCAAAAAAUAUUAAUAAUUUAUUUCCCAUGUGUUGGAGUAAACCUGGAUUUGUUCAAUCAGGAAGAUAGUACCCAGAAAGUAUUUUUUGCUAAAUAGAUUGUAUGUCGCAUCAUGGAUACUCUGUCACAGAUUAUCUAAGUUGCAUGCCAAUUAAACCUGACUAAGAUCUUAACUGGAAUAUGGCCAGCACUUUUUACUGUAUAAGUGAAUUUGUGUGUAAAUGUAGCCUCUGAUGCCACCCAAGGUUUCCCUUUAUCCCUUUUAUGAAAGCAGGGUGAGAAGGACCAGGAUGUCUUCUGCCUCUAAAAAAAA